GGGAUGCAGGAGGGGAGGGGUUCGCUGCUUGUCUGCAAAUCGAUAGCCAGUGUCUGAGCACAAAAACACACAACUGCAGACAGAUUCUGCCGGCUGAAGCAGCGUCUGCCUUCCUUCCAGCAUCCUUGCAUGCAAAAAAGGGAAAAAAGCCUCUUUCUCUCUCACUAAACUCUAGUUUAUGAGAGAGAAGAAGAAGAAGUAGUGCAGAAACCCAGCUGCUGCUUUUCAUGUCUGCUGCUUCUGCCUCACCCUCCCUCCCUGCCUCCCUCCAUCCUCUCGCUCUCUGGCUCACACACAUCCCCAUCACAUCCACACCCAAAGAUACCCUCCCUGCCGCUCUCUCUCGUGCGCUGUUUCUCCAACAGCAGCCCUCCCUCCUUAACCCCUCCAGCUACAUUUUUUAAAAAAUCUCUGAGGAAGAGAUGCUCGCAUGACACUUUUUUGAAAAAAAAUCUCCAAUCAAAGACUUUUUUUCUUGUGGAUGCUCUUCUAUUUCAUCUUUUCCUACUUUGUUGCUACCUGUGGACGUUCCUCAGUUCCACGGUUCUUCUUCAGCCCUGCAGAGAGGCACCAUGCUGGGAUUGGACGUGUGUGAGUUCGGGGGUCAGGUGCUGGAGGUGCUGUGGCUGACUAUGUGCUACAGAGGUCUGAUGGCUGACAAGAAUGAUUUGCCUAUCGAGGAGGAAGAGGAUGAGCGAAACCUCAACUACAAUCCUCCGGCGCAGAAGUCACUGCAGGAGAUUCAGGAGCUGGACAAAGACGAUGAGAGUCUGGUGAAGUACAAGCAGACCCUGCUGGGGCCAGAAGCAGCUAUGGCAGACCUCUCUGGGCCCAAUGUCAAGGUGACCAGGCUGACCCUGUUGUGUGAUGAUGCUCCUGAACCAAUCACCAUGGACCUGACAGGAGACCUGAGCGCUCUGAAGGAGAAGAGCUUCACCUUACAGGAUGGAGUGAAAUAUAGACUAAAGAUCCACUUCAAGGUGAACAGAGAAAUCGUAUCUGGUCUGAAGUACCGUCAUGUGACUUACAGAAAAGGAGUAAGAAUGAGCAAGGUGGUGUGCAUGGUGGGAAGUUACGGCCCUCGGGCAGAGGAGCAGGAAUUUCUAUGCCCUGCUGAUGAGGCUCCUAAAGGCCUGAUGUCCCGCGGCCAGUAUCAGAUCAAGUCCUGCUUCAUCGAUGACGACAAGAACGUCUACUUAUCCUGGGAGUGGAACCUUAACAUCAGCAAGGACUGGAAUUAACGGAGAGUGUGAGAGGGAGAUGAUGUUUCUCUCUUCCCUUCUUUAACACCUAUCCUUCAUCCCCUCUUGUCCUUCCUCUCUCUCACCCUCUUUCUCUUCAUGCUAUAGAGCAGCCUUGCACUGGCCAAGACAGGUAGCUCUAGUCUUCCUCCUCCUCUUCCUCCUUACUCUUCUCUUCUACAUUUUCCUCCUGGUCUGUUUAAUGCACUAAAUGCAGUCCUCUAAAAGUCUGACCAGGACAUUUAGGGAAGAGAAUCCCUGUCUCUUUCUGCCAUUUGUCCUUGCAUUAUAACUACAUGUGAUCCAAUCUAUCCUGAAUCAUCACGUGCUGAAAUCUCCCUCUUCUAUUGUUUUCAGUUUCUCUGAGCUUUCCUCCUCAUCAUGUCAGGUAUACACACUGAGCUUAGUCAGUUUAGGGCGUAAAGGGAAACAGAAUAUCAACACGGCAAAAUCUUUUUUUUUUUACAGCUGAAAUUAAAUAAACACCUCAACAAACUGCAGAUGAUGAUGAUGAUGCUGUAGCCUGGAACAUCCAUUUGUUCUGAUUUAUUGCAACAUUGUUCAGCAUCCUGAAAGAAGAUGCCCUGAACGGUGUGAAGCAGACAUUUAAUAUCUGACUGGCAGAGUUUCCUAAAGAGAGGAGAUGAAAUAUGUCAAUGCAGAAUGCUUUUAGAGAGUCAGGAAGAAAUCUGGAUUCAUACAUACACCCCCUGUCAAAAGUUUUGAGACACUUUCUCAUUCAAAUAAAUUAGAACCUGUUUCAAACAGGGGGUGUAAGUAGAUUUGGUUAAAAAAUAGGAGGCUGCAGGGGGAGAAAUAAAAGUAUAGAUGAUAGAAAAAAUACAUGCUGGUGUUGCACAGUUAAAUACUGCAGAAGGAGGCAAUUAAGCUACUUUAAAACCUAUUUUUCAUUCAGUGUAACAUCUGCUUGGAGAACAACCAUCACGUCUGAUGUUUAACACAAAUUAACACACAUAAAGCAGCUUAAACAUGAUAGAAAAAGACUCCUCAUCACUCAGGUUUUGUGUUAUUUUUUUCCGUUUCAAAAAAUCCAGAGACAGUAAAUGAUAACAGAUGAUCAUUCUGCCAUAACUUGCUGAAUCAAAGGCAUCAUUGUACCUCCUGGUUAAAAGCAACAGGGCAUUAGAGGAUUAAAGAAACAGAUAUGUAAAUGCAUCUUUUUUACAUUGAUAUUUUGUUUGCAUGCUUCUUUCUUUUUUACUUUUCCUUUUCUCUCACUUUUAUACCAUAAUGCAAACAACUGUUUUGACUUCUACUAAAUUCCACAUUUUCAUUAUUAUUUCCAUUUGACAUAUUAAUCUUUUCAGAAAGUAAAAAAAAUAAAGUUUUAGACCACUAAAAUGAAAUUAGCCUCUGACUAAACCGUCAUUGUGUUUUCAAACCAGAAUGAAAAACACCAAUAACCGCUUUUUUACAAAGAUUUUUAUGUUUUAUGGAACUUGGACGAGCUGUAUUUUGAAAUUUCUGUUUGCUUUCGAUGCACCAGUGUUCUCAAUUCUUUGUAGAGCACACCAAUGAAUGACUGUAACUGAACUGUGUAUAUUGUAGAAAGAGAUGCAUGUGUGUCCUUUAGGAUUUGAUACUACUCACUCCAUAACAAUGAACAAAGUUAGCCCUUCCUCCUGUAUCAAGGACACAAGAUGUGAAUAAAUCUCUGCUUUGACGUUGGAAGAUGCUGGAUUUCUGUCAGAGAAGUAUAUCAGGGGACAAACUGAGGUCCCUUAAAAAAUAAGGAAUAUCAUUAUUGUGUUUAGAUAUGAUAUUGUCAUUGUAGCCGAACAUAUUGAACAUUGAAAUACCAUUUGAGUGAAUCGUUGUGGUCUCAGACUAACUGUAAAUGUUGGCUUGUUGGGUGUUGCAUGGUUUAGCAAGAUUCUCUCUUUCCUUUUUUACAACUUUACUCGAAGAUUUAACGUAAUUAAAGAAUAAUAAAUAAUACGGACGCAAUAUCCAGAUGUCAAUGGUUGCCAGGUAAUGGGAUAGUUUUAAAGGUACUGGUGGCUAGAAGAAGCUGAGUGUAUUUCAAGCCUCAGCCUGUAACAAUCAAGUGCUGCAUCUUCAAAUAUUGGUGUCGAAUCUGGUAUUCUGUAUCUUUUAAUAAAGGCAAUUCAAACAACCAGUAA